AAACUCUGGAGUUUGUCGCGAGUCACUUGGGGGUUGUUUGUUUGUAAGCCACUCGGGAGUUGUGGAGGUAAAGCAGUCUGAAUGGAUGCAGCCAUGCUGCGGGCAGAGUUGCUUGAAGCGAGCGGACAGGUUCACGUGCGGGAGUCAGAGCCGUGCGCGCGAUAGACAAAGUUAUUUCGUCCAAGAGGUUCAAGCAGUGCAAGUGGGAGAAGACAACAGCCCGUGGGAACCCACAUCCUUACACGCGUCUUUGUCAUACCUCCGAAUUCAAACUCCGCUAGGUCAGGUGCCACGCGCCGUCGAUCGCGUCGUGCUGGGGCCACCGCGCCACGCUUCUCUUUCAUCGGCCACCAUGACGGAACGAGCAGGCUAUACCGUGACGAUGUUUCUCAUCGACGUUUCUCCCUCAAUGGGCACGUUGAGGGAGGUCGAGGUUCCUGACGGACUUACCGGCGAAGUACGCACAAUAGAGACCACCAACUUGGAGUGGUCCCUGCAGUUUGUCAAGCUCAAAAUACAAGAAAUGAUCUACAAUGGUAGGAAAACCGACCAAUGUGGGGUCAUUCUCUUUGGCUCGGAAGAGACCAACAACAUAAUCAACGACAAGGAUGGCGGGUACGAACACGUCAGCGAAUACAUUCCCAUAGGACAACCCAAUGCAAAUACACUGGCCAAGUUGUCCGCAUUGCAAGCAUCCGAGGAACACGGUGAUCCCAUUGAUGCAAUUAUUGUCGGCAUUGAAACGCAGGAGAGAUACCUGGCAAACAAGAAGAAAUGGACACGUAAGAUGAUCCUCCUCACUGACGGGGAAAGUCCCAUCGAGAUUGAAGACUGGGAAGCCACCACGCGCAAAAUGAACAACUUGAAUGUCAGCUUGACCAUUGUCGGAGUCGACUUUGAUGAUGACGAAAUAGACUUCCACGACGAAAAGAAGUCUGACAUCAAGCGGGCAAACGAAGAGUUCUAUCACAAGUUCGUUGAACAGCUGGACGUAGGCAUUGUAGGCAACUGCGAAUUCGCCCUCGAAGAGGUCGCCCGACCAGAUGUCAAGCAAGUCAAGUCCGCACUUCUGGGGACAGAGCUCCGCAUAGGUGAUACAAAGGACCAUCCUCUGGAAUCUAUCAUUAUCAGGGCCAAGACGAGCAAAUGCACAGCACUCAUGCGCCCAAAAAGUUGGAAGAAGUUCGCAGCACGACCAAGACCUGUUUCGGAAGACGUGGAGAUGACAGAAGAGGGCGAAUAUGUCGAGUACACACCAUUAAUCAUGCGUACACAGUUCUAUCUGGAUCAUCGCGCAGAAGGCGAAGAGGAGGAGGCCGCAGCUCCCCAAGAAGAAUCCGAAACUGAGGACGAGGAAGAAGCGGCUGCGAAGACGGACAAGCUCCAAGUCAUUGAAAAGGAAGAGCUCGUACGAGGGUACAAAUACGGUUCAUCCUUCGUUCCGACAGCAGAAGAGUUCCCUCGGUUGCGUACGGAGAAAGGCAUUGAUAUCUGUGGUUUCUUCCACCAGAGGAAUUUCCGGAGGGAAUGGCCUAUGGGCGAGGUUCAAUACGUCUGGGCAGAUCCAGAAAAACCACUCGACCAAGCAGCGUUAUCUUCAAUUGUACAAGCGAUGUACGAAAAAGGUUACAUGGCCAUUGCUAGGUGGGUGAGUCGAGACAACAUGGACCCAAAGAUGGGCGUACUCUCUCCUACUGUCUUCGACGGCGUCGACUGUUUCCUUUGGGCCCAGAUGCCUUUCGCGGACGACGUGCGGAAGUAUACCUUUGCAUCACUAGAUAAGUUGAUCAAUAAGAAAGGAGAGCUUAUAACCAAACAUCCGUAUCUCCCUACGGAGCAACAACUAGACGCUAUGGAGAAACUCGUUGACGCCAUGGAUCUCAUGGACGCUGGUGAGAAAGACGAACAAGGCAAUCGGAACCCCUGGUUCGAUACCCGUCUAUCCUACAAUCCUGCUAUCCAUCGUACGAAACACGCUCAAUUCCAUGCCGCUGUCGUGAAGGAUCUCGACACUCACCCAUUACCACCUCCCCACCCUGAACUCACCAAGUACUUUGAACCGCCACGGCGUGUACGAAAGAGGGCGCGCCAUGCGAUCGAGGAGUGUAAGAACGUAUUCAAGGUCAAAGAAGUCCCGAAGAGAGUCUCGAAAUUGCGAAAAGAUGGACAUGUGCGUGCACUAGAAGACGAAGAGGAACCGCUUCUUCUUGAAAAACUGCAACGCAGGCAAUCUCAACUCAAGAGCACACAAUCGCAAGCACGGUUCCGCGCUACCAUUUCUCCAAAAUCACAGCGCCGGACUCAGAAGAAAUAUAUCAACAGCGACGACAGUGCGACUGAGCCCGAAAGCGAGACCGAGACUGAAGACGAGGACUAUAUCCUUCUGGACAAGGAAGUUGGUGGUCCCAGUAAGAUCACCGACGAGGAAGGAAAGGAGAAGGAACCUUCUCCCCUUCUUACACCUACUUCCAAGCGUUCAAUUUCACUGGAACUAGAACCGGACCUCGGCAGAGAACCGGGAAGGAUCAUAGGCCUUGCGUACCCACUAACAGACUUUAAGAAGAACAUCGUGGGUGGGGACCUUGUUUCGAAAGCGGUGGAAGACCUUGCUUGGGUGAUCAAGAGUGUUGUGCAAAAACCUUUCACGUGGAAACGAAGUGAGGAGAUGCUGGGAUGUAUGAAGGAAUUGAGGAAGGUCGCUCUUCAGGAAGAUGAGAUCGACGCUUGGAACGAGUUCUUACGGGACCUCCGCAAAACGUGUCUCGAAGACGAGCCAGGUAAUAAACAGUUCUGGUCCGAUGCAACUGCUCUAGGCCGAGGAAUUAGCUUGAUCAGCAAGUCUGAGGCCUCGAAAGAAGGAGGCAGGUCAAACAUAUCCGAUGCGACGGCUGCCGAGUUUAUCAGAUCACCUUGAAUUGCCCAGUACUCGAUCUUGAAAGCGUCAUCCUCUCAUUCUCCCGGAUGUGCUGUUGGCCCUUCGGUGGUGAUAGACCUUGCGAUUGGUUCAUUAUAUUGUAUAUGCGCUUAUUGAAGUAUAUUGAGCUGAAUAGGUCCCAAUACCUGUAUUAUACCAUCUGUAUAUUGGAUAUGACUUUAUUUCUUGAUGCGGUAUAGCCCUCAUGAAGAGAGCAAUGUUGAUGAACUUGAUU